AUGGCAGAUAAAUUGGCAAAAGCAAUUGAAGGGCUUAAAAAUAUUCAAUUUUCGAGUAGUUCAAUUGAUGACCAAAAUAUCGGUAAAAGAAAAAAAAUGUUUUUUUGCGUUCUUGCUGCCGAUCUCAUGGCUUCUCCUAAGUCUAGAAAUUUACAAAAUUUACCAAUUGUUAUAGAAAAUAUAAUUAAUCUAUGUGAUGAUAAAGAUUCUGAUGUUCGAAUGAUUGCAGAUGAAAGUUUGAACAGAAUUAUUUUGUCCUUAUCAGAAUUUCACAUGCUCAAAAUUCAAGUUGAACUCCAUGACAUUAUUAGAAAAAAUGGUUCGCCCAGAUGUUUAAGAGCAGCAAUUUACAGGUUCGGUCAGUUAAGCCAAUAUAUUAGACCUUUUAAGGGAAAUAUUCAUGCUCAAAAAUUAAUUCCAUGUCUCAUAGAAAUAAGCAAAAGAGAAGAAGAAAGCAUUCACGAAACGUUAGCCUCUUCAUUUGAACAAAUAUUUAAAGUAUUGGGUGUUUUCGUUCAGGAUAAUAAUUUAAAGGGUCUUAUAAAGGCUUUUCUUAACAAUUUGUCAUCAGACAAUCAAGUCAUUCGCAGAUGUUCAGCAACGUGUAUUGUAAAAUUAGUUCAGUAUUGUCGGAAGCCUCAAGUUUUUAACACAUAUGUUUUGAAUUCAUUAUUAGAUAGUCUUAUUCCAGUAUCGGAAACAAAUUCAUCAAAUUUGGUUCUCGGAGUAUUGGGAUGUAUCAGGUUGCUGUUACCGAUUUUAAAUUUAGUUAAAGAUAAUGAAAGAAUAAGCGGAAGUUUUGGUCUUAAAAGAAAAUUAGAAGAAUCUAUUGUUUCUACUGAUAGGCUUAUUCAAUUAUAUGAAUUAUGCUUGCAUUACACGAAAAAUAGUGAUCACAAUGUAGUUGCAGCUUCUUUAGAAACAUUAAAUCAAAUUUUACAAAAUGCAGAUUCAAAUUUUAAAGAAAUUUUAUUAUCUUCAUCUGGAAUUUCAAGAAGUUAUAUUUAUUCGAUGAAAGAAAAAAAAAAUUUAAGCAGAGCAGGAAGUGAAAUGAGUGUUACUUGUUCAUUGCCACCCUCCGAUGACUUUCUUCUCGAUGAUGUAGAAUUGUCUUCUCAGUUUUUUAAUAUUUCUACUAAAAAUUCAUAUGGGUUGAAACAAUCUACUUUAAAAUCAAAAGAAAAAUCUCUGCAGCAAGAUGAUGAUGCAAAAAUUGUCGAAAAUCCAUUUAAAGAAAAAUUUAUUGGCACUCAAUCAACUUUGGACAACGAUUCGGAUAACGAAAGUUCUAUAAUGUCGGAAUUAAAUACUCCACCGCUUCUAUUAUUUGAUAACGAAGCAGAAGUUGAAGACGUGGUGGAUGAAGAAGUUGAAGAUGAAUUCGUACAGUACUCUAAAAAUAACAGUCGAGAAAACCUGUACACACCUGAUGAUAGUGAAAAUUAUAAGAAUAAUUUAUCGAAUAUUGACGUCGGGAAUUUUACAGAUGCUGCAGUACCUUUGAUUUAUUGCACAAGACACUUAGCUGCUUCUUUUCUUCUGGAUUCAGGUCCGGAUAGCACAAUGAAAAGUGAUAAAACGAUUCGAGUUUCGAUAAAAUCAUUAGCUUUAACUUGCAUUUCUUCCAUUCUUAAAAUAUAUCCGGUUGUAUUGAAAAUGAAAUUGUCUAAAACUUCAAGUGCAUAUCCCGAUAAAUAUUUAAUUGAUAUUAUACAAUAUCAUAAUCAUUGCGAUCCUCAUAUCAGAGGCUGCGUGUACCUAUUAAUAGGUUCGCUUAUAAAUUCGGCUCUUUUAGAGUCCAUGGAACAUUCAAAUUUAUUCAACGAACAAGAUUCAAAAUUUAGUCUCGAAUUUUUGACUAACAUUAUUUUAAAGGGUUUAAAAGAUGAUUCUUCAAUCGGAGUUCGACAAGCACUCGCCGGUGUUAAAAUUUCCAUAUUAACAAUAUUACAUUCGCCUUAUAAUUAUGUUUUUUUACCCAUUUUGCAGUAUUUACCUCAAAUAAUAAAUAAUUCUUAUUGGUUAGUUAAGGUUAAAUUAGUUGAAGUAUUUUCUGUUCUUCCAUAUUGUAUAGUUAUUGAUUUGACACAUUGUAAAUCUUAUCAAAUGGAUGUGAUUGAUACCGUUAUCACUCUUUUGGGUGAUGAAGAUGCUAGAGUAAGAAAUGCCAGCGCAGAAGCUUUGGCAGAAAUUGUGGUCAUGAUGUGUGAGGGAAAAUCUCUUGAAUUGGAAUACGCGAAAUCUUUUCCAAACGAUCUCGAUACUGUGGCAAUCAAUAAUUUAAACAUGUUUAAAAACAAUUCGAUUGUACCAUUUUCAUAUUAUGCGACAACGAAUUGUGAAAAAUCUGAUAUUAAUAGUAAAAUUGAACAUUCGCUAUCUGUCAUUGUCUCGAAAUUAAGUCAUUUAUUAAUUAUUUCCGAAAAUAAACAUUGUUCGUCUGGAUAUAUAGAAGCGUUGAAAAUCCUUUCGGAAAAAUAUCCACCGACUGGUUUUCCCAACGGUUGGAAUUGUUCGAAACCAUCAACGGAUACAAUUGAAAAUAAUAAUAAUUUAUCCAGCGAUUUAGUUGCUUUUGUACAUUCAUUAGUUGUUCUAUCUCCAGAUUUUUUAGAUUUAACGGUUUUAAGCAAUGCAACGAUUCUUAUUGGCAAUUUAUUUGCUGGUGUGUUUUUGUCCGGAUUAAGCGAAGAGAUUUUCACUCACGUUCUUAAAGUUUUAAAUAUCUACGGUCAUAUCAUAGAAGAAGGUCGUUCGAGUAACGUUUCUGAUUCUUUCGCGACCAACAGUUCUUUUUUGCCUUUGUUAUCACCGGUAAAAAAGGUAGAUCCGAAAGGACCAGUUAAAACGGAAAUAAAAAAGAAUAAAAUGUCAAACGAAGUCGUCAAACAAGCAACUCAAUAUUAUAAACUUGGACAAUUAUUAAAUAAUGCAUACUCGAAUUUUAAAGUAUCACUGGAAAAAUCAGCCGGUGAUAAAUUUUUAAACCUUUUGGAAUCCACAUUGUACACUUUAUCCAUUUUAUUAGAAGUCAGUACCAUUCGCGAAACCGGACGUUGCGCCGAAGAAAUAUUAUCAUAUCUUCAAUUGGUAAUUUGGUUAAAACCAAAUUCUACUCUGAUUUGUUCCAGUCAACUUUUGAAAUCCUUUUUCGGGAAAACUCUGGCCUCGUGUUGGGAAGAUAAAAAAAUACCAUUUUUUAAUUAUUCAGGAUCGAAUUUUUUCGAUUUCUUAUAUCAAAUACCAACGAAAGUUUUAUCCGAAAAAAUUCAACGGCGUGCAAAUCAAAGUUCUUUAGAAUGUGAAAAUUUGAGUCACUGGCGCCGAAAACCAGAGAGAAGAAGUAUAAUAAAAAAUCCGGAUGAAAAAUGUUUGGCGACAUACAUAAAACUUGUCGAACCCAUGGUCAUAACAUCUUUUCAGAUGUACAAGAUAACCGGAAAUGUUGAACUACAAUCUCACAUUUUAAAUUUAUUAAAUCAAUUGAUGCAAUUGGGAUUGAAUUAUUGUAUAUUAGAUCCAGAGCAGGAUUUUGUCAGUUUUAUUUUAAAACAAUUUGAACUUAUCGAAAGAGGACAAAUGCCAGGAAUUGAAAUUCUCUUACCUCAAAUAUUUAAAUUUUUGGUUUUGUUAUCAUAUGCGAAACAACAUUCAAAACCCAUAAUCAGCAUGCCAAAAAUUUUGCAAUUGUGCGACGAUUUAAUGGCUAGCGAUCAACCUGUUCAAACUCACUGUUUACCGGCAUUGAUUCCUGUCGUGGAAGAUGUUUUUUUAAUUAGACAUUUGUCCGAGGAUAGCGAUUUGGAAACGCAACGAGAAGUUCUGUUUUCAAAAUUGUUAAAAUUGGUGGAAUUUCCCCUCGUUAUGGAUUUGAUAAAAUCAGUUUUACUAGAGAGUAAAAUAAAAGAUGAAAGAGAAAGAUGGAAGCGAUGGUCCAGACAGGUUGUAGAUGUUGUUCUUCCCCUAGCCAAUCAGAAUCGAUUAAAAUUAGAAAGUUGCGAGGGUCAAAGUUCAUUUAUAGGUCUCAUGAGUAUUUUAUCUUUAAACGUUCUAAGACCUAUCGAUCCUUUUCUCAAAGUUUUAUUCGUCGAGCCUUCCGAUAACAAUUGUUUUAUAUCUUUUCAAAGAUGGCUUUCGAAAGUAACGGUUAUAUUAGAAACGAUAUUGUUCGUUAAAGAAGAUGUAUUUUUAAAUCGUUUAGAAGAAAUAUCGCCCAACAUUAAUUUAAACAUAAUUGUUCCGCCGAAUGUUGAAAAUGGUGGACAGGAUCCUCUCAACAUCGAUUCGUUUUUUCAAAUAUACGAACCGUCGGAAACCGCGGCGAGAUUCAUAUUAAAAGUUAUCAUGAUGGCGUCAAAUAAAAUUUCGGAAAAUAUCAAUUCGUCUCACGUUUUGCAAUGGAAACUUUCGAAAUUUUUCCUUUGCGUUUAUCACAUAUUAAAAUCAGGGACUUUUCAUAGAAUAACAAAUUCACUUAGAAAUUUAUUGGCGAGAGAGCAGGACUCUCUUCCGGCCAUUUUUUCUCCAUUUAAAAAAUUUAUUUACGUUUGUCCCCUGUUGACGAUUCAAUUUUCAUAUUUUCUAACUCUCAUCAAUUGCUGUUCUCAAAUGUAUUGGAAAGAUGUUUUAUCCAAACCCGUUAACAUGUCUGCAAGAUUGGUUCAAUGGUCUAGCGUUGUCGCCAUUUGCGAUUACUUGUGUGACAAUUUGAGCGACGUCGAAACAUUGCAUUACGUAUUAGUUAAUAACAUCGAGCAAAUAAUUAUUUUAUCUCGGGAAAUUCCGGUCAAAGAACUUUUGAUAAUGAUAGCAAAAACGCCGGAUUGGAAAAUUUUAAUCGAAUCAAUAUCGUCGAAUGAUUUCGAAAUUUCUGAAUCGCCGCAAUUCGUGGAAAAAUUAUUGAGGAUUCUGGAAUUAACAGAGAGUGGUCACAGCGUUCCCCUUCUCGUUUUAAUCGUUCAAAGGUAUUUGUCUUCGUCGAAAUUGGCUCUUUCCCUAUUGGCUGGAAACAUAGCGAGUCGACACGUUGAAUUUUACUUGACACUUUCGAGAAAAGAAGUUUUGGAAAAAAUCGACGAAAAAACUUUUAAUGAAUUAUUGAAUUUUUUCAAAGAUGAUAAAUAUGCUCGAAGACAUUUUAAUUUAUGGAAUUUAUUAAAAAGAUUAAGCAAACAAGUUUUUGAAUCCUCACUCACAGAUAUCGAUUCGAAUCCUGUUGUGGAAGAACAAUAUAUAAAAAAUAUUGAUAAACUUGAUGAAGAAUGGUACUUUGCUCAAGUUAAAUACGGAUGCACACAAGAGAGAUCGCAAGGAAUGGCAAUGGCUCCUCUUAUAAAUAAAUUAAAAUACGAAAAAAUUUUAAAUGUUUUUUCAUUAUCGGAUUUUAAUAUGGAUUUGUUAAAAGAUUGUUUGAUUUAUAAAAGGAACAUAAGAUUGAAAUGCGAGGAUGUAGAAAAUGAAGAUUCUACGGAUUCUCUUUACAAAGCAUCGAAAUUUUUUUUAUUACGUUCAAUAAAGGAAAUUAAUGAUGGAAUAAAAAAAAUUAGAAAUGUGUUAAACGUGGAUACGAAUACACCGGAAGUGAUCGAAAAAAUAAUGUCCGAUAAAAAACUCAAUGGAAAAAUAUGGAAUUUGUUACCGGGAGUUAAUCAUUUGUUGGAAAUUUUUUACAAUGAAAAUUCUAUUAUCGAAUGCGAUUUUUCCGUUGGAAUAUUUGAAUUUGGAAUAUUAUGUCUCGAUAUUUUAGGUUGGAUUAUACGUGAUCAGGAAUCGAAACGAUGCAGAUACAAAAUUUAUCAAAUAAAUAUGAAAAAUAGUUUCCUCUGUUUGAGUCUCAUAUUGAGAAAUUUAAAUAUAAUUAAUAAUAUAUCACAAUCGUACGUUUGUAAAAAAUUAAAAGGUUCCAUUGUACAUAUUUAUCACAUUGUUAUUUAUUUAAUAUCUCAAAAUCGAUUUACUUUUGUUAUAAAUAAUGAAAACGAUUUAUCGAAUCGUGACGAAUUAGACGUCUUAAAUUUUCUAACGAAAUUAAUAACGUGUAAACGUAGGAAAACAUUACCUGAUACUUAUUUGUCGUAUUCUAUUAGGGAUUUAAUUAUCGAUUUGUGUCGGAUACCUGAAUUUAGCGCACACGUAUUAAAAGUACCUGAAAAUGUAGACAUGCAAGAUAUCGAAUACAUAGAAAAUUUUACAACGAGAUUUUCAAUAAUCGGUUGGAAUAAUAAACAACAAUUUGAAGAAAUAUGGGUGGCUUUGUUGGGAGUCGUCGGAUUCAACACGCAAGGUGAUAUACCAUUGGAAGAAACGAGGUUCAUCGUACAGACGAGUGUUGCUGCCGUCGAAGGGAUAACGACACUUCUUAAAAGCACGCUGUUGGAUUUCAAAAGAGAAAAACUUAUUCAUCACGGACGAGAUUUUUUAAAAAUGAAAAAUUUUUACGAUAAAUUACCACUUUUGGGGAGUGGUAACAAUGGUAAAGACUUAAUCGCUCAUAGAUAUUAUCAUUUUUUGGAUAAUUUGGAAAUUUCGAAAAGAGAUGACAAGUACGUUUUCGGAUUGCUUUCCGUUGAAUAUUUGUGGACGGCGGUGAAACAAAUAACGAGUCACGUGGAAUUGUAUGAAAAUCACACGAAAGAAUUAAAUUCGAAAGGGUUGGAUUUACCCUCUUGCGUGUACCUCCUAACCGAAUUAUACAGUCAGUGGAUACAUCAGACUUCGCCGGAUGUAAAAAUAAUAAUUUCCUCGUUGAAAAGUGCCAUCGUCAUAUCGGAUUUAUUCACGGAUAUAUCUCAAUUUCAAUGGUUGCUUAAUUUUUGUCUUAAAAUCGAUGAAAUCGUGUCAGCAGAAGACACAGUUCUUUUACCAUUGAUUAUAUUCGGAGCAUCGAAAGCCGGAGCCAUAGUACUUCCGGAUAAUGAAGUCUGCGAAAGUGUAAAAAAAUUAAUGCUGAGAUCAAAUUCUUAUCCCUGUCGCAUAGCAACGGUACAAAGUCUUUUAUUUUUGCUACAAAGUUACGUGGUUUGCUACGCCGUCAAUCACAAAUCUCUACCACCGCCAGGUUCGAAUUUUCAAAGGGAUGAAGCAAAUUUUGUUGCGAAUAUCGUCGAUACGUUUUUACCGGUGGCACUCGAAGUGGUGCAACAAUUUAAAUGUAAAACCGAAACAAUCACGGAAGAUUACGAACGUUGUCAUUGGUCUCUUAUAUUUUACCUCCUACAAAAUUAUCAAUCGUCUCUCGGUUAUUUGAAAGACGAAUUUAUGACGUACAUAUUAAGCACUCUGAGAGAUAAAUCGUGUCCGGAUUUUCUAGUGACACUUUUAAUAAGAGGUGUUGAACGAUUACUUCUCACCACAGUCAUAGACGAUCAAUUCAAAGAUCAAGUUUCAAAAGUUUCCCUUGAAAUAAUUUCCCACAGGACGGGGAGCAUAAGUUGUGAGCACGGUUUACAACUCAUGAUGGUUUUAUCGUUUUUAGACAAAAGAAUAAAAGAUAUAAGACAGUUGGUGACUGGACAAGAAGAUCCGGAAAGAGUGAUGAAAGACAUGGAGAAAAUCAACGCGCUUUUUAAUAAAUUGAAAAAAAGUUAUCCGAACGAAGCUGAAACGGUUGGAGAAGUUCUCUCUUAUGUUCUAAUGGAUUUCACAGCAUCCGAUAUAGUUACAAGAGUGAUACAGGAAUUUCUUUCAUCUCAACAACCACAUCAAAAAAUUUUAGCCGGUCUUCUUUUCAAAGUAUUUGAAAGAGCAGAAUUGAAUAUAUUGGAAGAUUGGAUUGUUUUUUCAUUACCAAAUCUCAUACACGGUAUGCCGACAUCGAUGUCCGUGUGGAUAUUAAAUUGUUUUUUCAUUUGUGCCAGCAAAGAUCCAUGGCUCAGAUCUUUAUUCCCGCUUGUGCAAUCACGCGUAAGAAUGACAAACGACGAAGAUAAAAAGUUGAUGUGUUUAUUGGGCGUGCAUUUUUAUAAACAGGUUCUUAACGGAAGCAAGUCAAAAAGAUUCAUUCAUAGUCGCACUGGUAAAAGCCUCCAAAACGGACAACAUUUAUAA